AUGGUCCGCUUCACUCUUCUCGCGUCCCUGCUCGCGGGUGCCAUCACCACCGUCUCGGCCCAUCCCCAGCAACGCGAUCCAUCUCGACAAAUUGGUUGCGGUACCGAACCACCUGCGGAGUUCCUAGAGGCAGCAUCCCAGAUCAGCGAAUGGGAGAAGGAGCACUUCACCAACGCCACCAGAACUGAGAGUGCUCGUGCGGCCACCGUUACCAUCGACACCUACAUCCAUGUCGUGGCUAGAAGCACUGCCUUGUCAGGAGGAUAUGUGCCUCAAUCUCAGUUGACGAACCAGAUUAGUGUUCUAAACGAACAUUAUGCUCCUACUGGUUUCCAAUUCAAGCUCAUCUCAACUGAUUACACUGUCAACACUGCCUGGGCUGCUGAUGUCAAUGGAAACGACGUAGCCAUGAAGAGGGCUCUCCGCAAGGGAACUUACAGCUCCUUAAACAUCUACUUCCAAUACACCGUUUCUGGAUUUCUUGGAUACGCUCAAUUCCCUCAAGUCGCUGCUGUUGGAUCAACUGCUUACAUCACUGAUGGUCUUAACAUCCUCUAUACCACCACCCCAGGCGGCUCUCUCAGAAACUACAACCUCGGUGGAACAGUUACCCACGAGGUCGGUCACUGGCUUGGACUUUUCCACGUCUUCCAAGGAGGCUGCUCUGGCAGUGGAGACAUGAUUGCCGACACCCCACCUCAGCUCACCUUGACCGAUGGAUGCCCUGUCGGACAAGAUUCUUGCUCUGGUGGCGGAGUUGACUCAAUACACAACUACAUGGAUUAUUCUUAUGAUACUUGCUACGAGUCUUUCACUCCAAACCAGAUCACCAGAAUGACCAACAUGUGGUCUACUUACCGUGAUGGUUUGUAA